AACGGCUGUGCGACACUGACUGUGCUCAUUCGCUCUCAGAGACCACAGAGCAUCAACUUCAAAACAUAUCGGAAAUACGGAGGAGGGAGGGUACUGCCAUGGAUAUCGACGUCUAACAGCUCCUCAGCCUGCCAACGGAUUAAAACAGCACCUCUGAGCUGUGGAGUGACUGGUCCAGUUCCUGUCCAUCCAGUGAGCCUAGUGGCUGCCAGCGCAGUGAGCUGCGUGAAGUGUCUCAGAGCUGUGGAUUGCAUCAUUAUAGGACAAUAGCAAUUGGAAUCAAAGCUCUCCCUCCUCCUCCUCCAUCUCCUCCCCCAUUUCUUUUUCUCUCAGCCUGACUCUCCACACAUACACACACACACAACCCUCUGACCACUCCUCCCACAGUGGUCAUGGUCCACUCCCCCUGUUUCUCCAGCCAGUCAGCCAGUGAGUCGAUGGAAGCUGUGUAAUCCUCUGUAAAGUAUAGGGCCUAUACGGCUGCAUAUGCUCCCUUUUGUCAUGGCGGCUGUUGUUGUUGCAGAGGCCUCCCUCAGGAGAGCACAUGAGGGAGAACAGAAGGCAGCAUAAAGCUCACAAAGGGAGGAAGAGAGAGCGAGCAAGCCAGUGAGAGAGAGACACUGACGCUGCCAUUUAUUUGACCGCAGGAGAAUGAGCUUCACAGGGCAACGGAUGGAAUUCAAUGGGGGUGAAACUACAUGAUGUGGGACUGGCAUUACCGCCCCACGCCAAUCACAAAUUGGACCAAGAGUCAACUUUGGAGAUAUUUGCCACAUAGUGGUCUGCAGCGAGGAAUGCAGUGAAACAGAGAAAAGUAGAUAAGACUUUUUCUCUUGGUUUAGAGUAUUUUUCUAUUUUUCCUCUCCUUUGGGGUCUUUUUUCAGUUACACCCUACCAGAAGUGCCUUUUUCUGUUACUUUUUGUCUAUUUUUUUAAUCAUCUUGCUUUAUAUUCAUACUCCAAACUGCCACAGAUUAUUGCAUGUAACAUACAAUAACUUUCACAUUCAAUGUGUGUUGCCAUAUUUUAAAGAAGGUACAUAGUAUAUUUGACAUUGUGUGUAUGUGUUAACAGACACAACACCAGCCUCCAUCAAAUACACAGUUGACAAUCAUCACUUUUCUUAAUUUUGUUUCUGCUCGGGGAGAGCUUAUAUAGUCCCAACAUUAAUUCACUUAGAGCAAGGUUGCACCAGACCGUGACUUUCUGCACUGCCUCCUCUGAACCUUUGUUGGUUUGACAACACGUGGCCGUCACCAUGGUCAGUAUCCAAUCCAAAUGGCGCUACCUUUUCAUGUUCUUGGGGAUCCAGUUGGUAGUCAUGGCACUGCUGUCCCGAGAGGGGUAUCAAAAGAGGGUCUCCUACUUCAUCCGCAUCUUCCGCAAGCCUGACACCACUGGUCUGUCAGGCCGCAACCACUCAUCAGCAGGCAUUGCUGGAGGGGAUGUAUACGCCAAUCUCUCCCACCUAUCCAAAACGCAUGGCCAUGGAGAUGACAUGCCCUUAUGCCCCAAGAAGUCUCCUCUUAUAGGUGGGCCGAUCCACGUCAGCUUUCCAUCAGGGCUCACUCUGUCCGAGGUUGAGAGGAAGAAUCCACUGGUGGUGCGAGGAGGACGUUAUAGGCCGCCUGACUGUGAGGCGAGGCACCGGACAGCCAUCAUCAUUCCCCACAGACACAGAGAACAUCACUUGAAGUUCCUGUUAUAUUACCUGCAUCCUUUUCUGCAGCGGCAACAGCUCAACUAUGGAAUUUACGUCAUUCACCAGGCGGGAAACUACACUUUCAACAGGGCCAAGUUGAUGAACGUGGGUUUCCGUGAGGCCAUGAAGGAAGAAGACUGGGACUGUCUCUUCUUUCAUGAUGUGGACCUCAUUCCAGAGGACGAUCGCAACACAUACAUCUGCGACUCCAACCCCAAGCAUGCAGCCAUCGCCAUGGACAAGUUUGGCUACAAGCUUCCGUACAAGAUGUACUUUGGAGGAGUGUCAGCUCUGACGCCACUGCACUACCUCAAAAUGAACGGCUUUCCCAACAACUACUGGGGCUGGGGUGGAGAGGAUGAUGAUAUUGGAGUCAGAGUGUCUCUGGGGGGGAUGUAUAUCACUCGUCCAUCGCUGAGGGUCGGCCGGUACAAGAUGAUCAAACACAAGCUGGACAAAGGCAACGAUGUGAACCCAAAGAGGUUCAACAUGCUGGCCAAGACACGGCAGACCUGGAAGUUGGAUGGGAUGAACACCGUUGAAUAUGAGACAAUCUCAAAGCAAUACCUGCCCCUCUACACCAACAUCACUGUCAACAUCGGCACUGAGGCCGGUCUACAUCCACCUCCCCCAACACAACCUCCUCCUGCCAAAGCUGUAGGCAAAGAAGCUGCUGAAGUCUCAGCAAAAGGACCAGCCAAACUCAAAGAGGGCCACUCAGAGGAAUAGUCCAAGAGACUGCUAAUCAAGUUUCACCCUGCCAUAACUUCAAUGGGAUAAUCCUCUGGGUACAAGCUGUACGAUGGUGGUUUUUCUCCUCACUCACCUGGAGUUUUUGCCCAUUUUAAGCUUUCGUCAGUUUGUGGAGAAUCAACAUCGUAUUGCCUGCAGACAGUGGGACGCUCAUCUGGGUGAUUAAAAAAAAAACAAUUGACUUGAAGUUCUCAACCCUUAGUUGAUGGCUCUCCACCUUGGUUCCUGUCACAUCACUGAUUCUUCUUCCAGGGGAGCCAGAGUGAAGAGUGAAGGGUAAAAGAUGGACUCUAUGAGUUUAUAUAUCUACAGCGCUGUGGUCGCUGGUUAAACCUUGUGAUGCCUUAGAAGCUUGUUCUUUUUUGUCUUUUCACUCAUACCUUACAUUAUUUAGAAUAUUGGGUUUAAUAGAGCAGUAGCUGCGAUUUCCAGCAGUCACACUCAUUUUUUGUCUCAACGCCAAUGAAUAUGAGUAAAAUGGAGACAGUUUCUUGUUUCCAGUUGAGUGUGAGAGGCUGCUACCACGAGUGCUGAAUGACGGAACUUGACAGAUUUGUGUAUUACUGUUAUUAUUAUGACUGCUUCUGACAUAACAGCGCACAUAUCCUGUCUGCACAUAUCUGGGGUCUCAUUAAGGAAGCUCCCACAUAGAGAUGCUGAACUAUAUCCAUUUGUCUAUCAAAAGAUAGAUUAAAUCUUUCUAUUGUUAUGGACACUCUACACAAACAUUUGCCUUCUAUCAUGUUCAGUAGAAUCACCAGUGCGAAUGUGCGUGAGCGUUUUAAGUUCUGCACAUCAAGGCCAACGUACAGUUCCUCUGUGUAGCGUGUAUUUUAGUGCAUUCAGUUCAGCCUUUCAAAUUUCAGCAUAUCCAAUAUCUACUACAUUUGAUCGGUUUUCUUUUUUGCGUGUUUUCGUGUAUUUGCCUUUAUCAAAUAGAGCAGGUCCUGGCAACGGUUAUCAGUCUUCUGCCUUCAGAUGAGUUUGAGAUUCACAUCAAAAUGGAGUCUGUUUUGCUUAACUUGUCCUUACGUAUACGUUGACUAUGUGCAGUGUACUAUAUAUGUCAUGUUUAUGUGUCCCUCAAGAAUGCUGGCCUUCUCCCUUAACAGAUGAUAUGCAGUCCAUCUUUAUAACAUGUUUUGCCCAUCUCCUGUUCUUGAUCUAUACAUAUCAUUGAGAAAUACACUAGAAAGGGUUUUUUCUCAACACAGAAAAGGAGUAAAAAACUAGAGAUCAUUUUGCAAUGAGUUCACACCAGCCACUCUGCAACUAAGUGGGGUGCAGCGUCCCUUCCCUAAUUUCUACCCCCGUACUAACUGCUUGGAUUUCACCGAUUUUCAGCCUUUGUUGUGAUCUUAACUACACCUGUAAAGUUUUGUGACUGCAUCUUGUAUGAAUGUGAUGUUACCAUGUUGACAAAUUCUGUCCACAGACAGACAUAUAAACACUAGGCAAGGUACUUAAAAUAGCUUCUUUGGUAGUUCCCACUACAGCAGGUGUCUCCACCUUUGUGAAAAUGUACUCAAAAUCAGAGAUUUGUCACCAAUAUAUUUCUCAUUAUAUGUAAGGCGCAGGUAGGUUUGUCAAAAAUGAAACGGUCUGUUUCUCUUUUUUUCUUGAAACCUUUUACGGUUCAUGAAAAUUGACCCCGUCUCUCAGCGACGUGGCUGGUGUGAAAUGCUGUUCUGUAACAAGUUAUCACAUGAAGACAUCUGCCAUUUCCAUUCCAGUAGAGCCCAUGUACUGCAUGUCGACUCUCCGCCCUCCUCUUCACUCUUUUUCCCCCACUCUUGACAGAUUUGAUUGUAAACAGGAGAAAAAGAAACAGUCCCUUCAUACUGUGAGGGUGACUUUACUGGCAGGUGAACAGGCUGAAACCAAAGACGACUGUACGGAAAGCUGUGAUGCUGGAUAAAAAGUGUAUGUGUGUGUGUGUGUGUGUGUGUGUGUGUGUAUGUAUACAGUAUACUUCAUAUGUCAUGAAUGAUUUCUGUAACACUGUGCUAUUCUUAUUUUAAUGGAUGGGCCUAUCACCACUUCCUGUCAAUACUUGUAGCAUCUUUCGAUUCUGUGUUCAAAGGAUCUCCAAACCAACACAUCUUCGGAUUUCUCAAAUUUAACAAACCACAGAGGAAGAAAAUGUUUGUCUUCAGCAAAGGGAUGAUGAUAGUUCAUGGUUAAUGGUUUUUUUUUUCUUCUUCUUCUUUUUCAAACGCUGUACUGAAAAGUUAUUUUUAUCUUCUUGUCAUUGUGGUAUUUGUCUGCUGACGUGGACAAGACGAGCUCUGAGAGUGGUUGCCUGUGAUUUACAUAAAUAGAUGAGUAUAUACUUGUUAUCAUGUUGAUGUGAAUUCAUAUUCAAAUCCUAUGGCCUUAGCAACACACAGUACUAGUAUUUGAAUACUUGGUCACUAAUACAAUAGCAUCUUUAUAUCCAGACUAAAUAUGCAUGGCAACAAACCUAUUAGUGAGGGAAUGUACUGAGCACAAUGUGGAGAUGAUACAUAUCAGUGCUUAUCUAGAAAAUACGAAGCAUGCUGAAGUGUCUGUGUUGUCAACUGGAAACGUGUAAUUGUGACUGAAAAUGCAAGUUUCCAUCUGCUGAACGGAAUGAUCCUCGCUGUUUAAUUUGAGGAUGAAAAUGUACAAAGGAAGCUUUUAUUCCCAAAGUCACAAUGUACAGAUUCCAUCAUUUACUCUGUAACACUUGACCUGAGGUUCUGGGGUUUUUAUUUAAAGCUACUUUAUGUUUGAUCUGACUCCGUUCUGAUGUGGAUAAGCUCAGCAGCAAUAGAAAGCCGUCAUCACAGGGUAGUACUGAAGCAACCAAGGGCAAUGUGACUUUGUGAGUUAUUUCUGCUCUCUUUAUGAAUUCUGCACAGUCCAGAGUGGCCUUAAAUUCAUUAAUAAACUGAUUAUUCAA